UUAGCCAAAUAUGACUGCCAGGAUAGCACAACUACAACCACCAACAACCUCAGUAAGUGACAGUACCAGCUCAAUCCGAUAUGGGGAAUGUCUCAAGAAUCAUGCUGCAAGCAUGGGAGGGCAUGCUGUCGACGGAUGUGGAGAAUUCACGCCAAAUGGAGGAGAAGGGACCCCUGGAGCUCUGAAAUGUGCUGCUUGUAAGUGCCACCGAAAUUUUCACAAGAAAGAGAUCGACGACCACCGACAGAUGGCCGGCAUUGGAUCACAUUCUACGUUCAAUCAACCGAGAAAUAAUAGCAGUAGCGACGAUAUGCACAACCAACCCCUGAUUUCUCUUCCCACACAGCAGCUGCAGCAGUAUAGCUCUUCUCCUAACUCAGUGGUUAACUCUUCACAGUCUUAUCCUCAACCACCCUCGCCGAUAUCUGGUUCGGUAUUUUUACAACAGGGCUCGGAAAAAAUAGAACCUGGUUUAGUUCGACCAAGCUGCUCAAAUGAAAUGUUGAAUCAUGACACCAUGCAGAAUGGACAGGAAUGGGAGUAUUCCAGGAGGGACAGCAGCAGGAAUAUAUCACGAGAUCAUCCUUCAAUACGAAAUGAAAGUUGGAAUGUUGACAUGUUCAAGCCUUUAAACAACAGAACCCCUGAUCACAUUUUAUCUGAGUUUCCAGCCUGCAUGUCUAGGUGCCAGUCCCAGAGUGUCUUUGCCAAUGAAUUUCCACAUCUUGACAUCAUUAACAACUUGUUACGUGAAGAGCAUGGAACUGGACGGACUUUGAUGACCAACUCAGGCUUUCAGAGUUUGAACAAUGGAACAAACCAUCUGAGUGGGCAUUUCACUUACCCGAGCGAUAUUGGGAUGUUUACAGGUUUAGAUCCCUCAACAAGUUCUUGUAGGCCUGAGCGUAAUCUCUCUGGUCUUUAG